AUGGCGGGCGGGUUCCUGCUGGAGGCCCGGCGGGGGACGCGGAGCGCCUCGCUGCUGAUCCGCGAGGCGGACUGGUCGAGCUCGCCGCUGGACGUUUCGGUGGCGGCGGACGGCGUGGAAGUGAGGAGCGGCGGGAGCGGCGGGGCCGCGGCGCUGCCGGCAGGGCUGAGGCUGGCGCCCGCCUCCUGCCGCGCCCUGAGCCGCCUGCCCGGCGGCGGCCUCCACCUGCGGCUGCGGCUGCGGCGGCUCCGCCCGCCGCCCGAUUUGGUUUUUACUUUGAGGGAAAGCCUGAAACCCCAGAAGAAUUAUGUCUUUUACUGUCAAUCCUGUGGUGACAUCAUACUGAAAGACCGGAAAUUUCUCAGAGUUCUUCCACUACCAAGUGAAAACUGGAGUGCUUUAGUUGAAGAGUGGUGUUGUCACCCAAAUCCCUUUGCAAGAAGCACUUUGCAUCCUCAACAUGAUGACUGCUUUCUUGGAGACACUUUUUUUCUGUUGAAUUCACACAAUGAAUCACACGUGCCUGAGUCUCCCCUGUGCUCCUCAGAGGCUGCACACCAUGCUUCUCAGAGCGGCUUUGACUUGAAAUCAAAGGAAAAUGCCAGAGUAAUUUGUAAGCGCUGCAAGACAAUGCUGGGAGAAACAGUAUCAUCAGGUACCAUUAAAUAUUAUGUCACUGAGGUGAUUAUUCAGCCAUCUGAGGGAAGUUUGAGCACAACACCAAGGUCUCAAUUCGUACAGAGCACAGUUGCCCAGUGUCUUGUGGAAUUGUCCUCUACUAAAAGUACAUUUAGAUUCACCAUAAAAGGGGAUGAUGGAAAAAUCUAUAUUUUGAUAUGGCUUUUAAAUUCUGACACAUUGCUGGUGGAGUCUUCAGGAAGAUCCUCUUUCGACAGUGUUUUUACACUGUUUGGAGAUACUUUCAUGGCUAGCUCUGGACCAGUGGGCACCUGGAAUGCUGUAAAAGUCCUUUACCAGCCGUGCAUUAAAAGCAGGAAUAAGGACCUGGCUGAUGCGUGGGAAAAUGAUAUUGGAGUUCAUUCUUUAAAGUUUCCAUCAGAAACAUGUUUGGAAUUGCUUCUGAUACUGGGUUUGAGUACCACCUCGCUGCCACCUUCAGUUCGAUGCAUGAACUCUUUUCAGGGUGGGAUUUUGGUUUCUGGUCAUCUGAAAAUGUUGCCUUUUUGAAGAUGUGAAGAACGCAGAUACCUGUGUUGAAAACUCUUCUCCAAUUCAUUUUGAGCAGAAAUGUACAGAUAACUUCCAAUGGUGUGACUUCUAGAAAAAAAUCCACUGGCAAUACAAAGAAAACUGGGGGUAUGGUGUAUUAUUCUUCAUAUCUGGAUGUGUUUCAAAACCAAAGACAGAGAAAGUUAAGUUUUGCAUCUGGUACAUUCUUAGAUGUAAUUUUACGAGUGACUUACCUGUCACUCCCAUCACAUCCAGCUGGGGUGACUGUUAUGAUCUCAUUGCCAAAAAGAAACGACCUUCGUCAGACAGUGUUUGAUAGUGACCUGUAUGUCCUCAGGAAAAUUCACAACUUGUAGCAAAGAGAGGUUUUUAAAUAUAUAACAUCAUGAAUACUAACAGAAGUUCUUUACUUUCUUUGUUCUGGUAGUGUUAGAGGUCCAGCUUUAAAAUAUAAAAUCUGAUUUUUGUCAAACCUAUGUACUUACUAUGUAUAUUGUUUCCACAUUAAGGUUUACCUUCCUUCUCGAGAGAGAAGGAAGACAAUUAUGGAAUUCCUGCAUCUCAUGUAUAAUUUUUUUAAAUCAAUACAUUUUUUAUGAUUACUUGAAAUAAUUGUUCCUUCAGCUUCAAAAAAGAACGUGUGAAGGCUGGCCUUGCAGAAACUGCUGGAGGUGAAAGGUUCUUGUAGCAAGUCAAUACAGCUACUCUGAACUGUCGUUCUCUGUUGUGGAUGCUCAGCUGCCUUCCAGGGGAGCAACAGUGCAUUUCUGUGGAACACAGAAGCUGUUACUGUUUUUGAUUUCCAAGUGGAUUGCUCACUUAGUUGACAGCAAUCUUUGCCUUCCAUUAUCCAGAGGCAUAAGAUGGUCUAAGUGCACAGGCUAAGGAGCAGAAAAGAGGCCUCCUGGCAUUUUUGUCUCAGUUCCUGCUCAUUGGGAUGGACUGCUCUUGAGCUAGAAAGAGGUGAUCCUUUAAUAUCAAAACCUCUCUUGGAUCCCUCAUCCCUCCAAAGUCUUAUCCCAUGUCUGCCCAGCUUAUCUGCAGUUUUCCCUAAACACCUGCUCUUGGCAAAUCAAAGUCAGGUACUGGAACAGUUCAUCUGACCUGGUGUGACAAUUCUUAUGUUCUCAAAAUGUAUACAAAAAGGUAUCUAAAGAGGAAAAAAGAUAAGAGAGCCUUUUUAUGGAGGUUGGCUUUUUCAAACUCUAUCUUUAAAGUCUUAAAAUAAGAAGAUGUUACUUUGUUGUAAAACAGCUUUGUUUUGAGAAAAUCAAGUCUGGAGGGAAUAUGCUCGUAAGAGGAGUUAUUUAAGUAUUCCUGAAUUUUGAAGAAAGUUAACAUGCCCUUUACUCAUUUGAUGAUGAGAUGAUCAUACUGAAGGAAGUGAUACUACAAAGUGCCAGACACCUUCUUUGAGAUGUACACAUCCAAAGACAAGUAGCAGAGGCCCCCCAGCAUCCAGUCUGGAUAUCAUCUUAUUUUUCUGUUAUUAUUUUAGUUUUCGGUAUUCAAGGAAAAACAAAAAUAUUCUGAGUUUUGUAUUCAGGGACUAAAUUUUCUACUUCUAAUAUAUUUUGCAUGUGUGCCAAUGUUUAAUCAUUUUAGAAUAAAAUAUUUUUUCUAAAUUGG